AUGCAGCUCUCCAACCUAGUUGCCUACAUCGGCACGUAUAGCUCGACGACCACCAGCUUUCUUCCUGGUGGUGUCCACGUCUGGUCACUCUCGGCCGAUGGUCGGAACGCAACUCCCAUACAAUUCAUUGAGAAGCCCAGCGAAGCAGGAUACCUGUUCUAUGCAAAGAACCUAUCCACAUUGUACGUGGUUGAUGAGAAAAAGACCGACGGACGCGGUCCUGUCUCGGCUCCAGCCUCCGUUCACGCUUUUGAUGUCAACCUCACAACAGCGGAGUUGACGUGGAAGAAUUCCCAGAUCUCACCGGGCGCCAACCCAACCUUCCUUGAUUAUAGCGCAAAGCACAAUGCCCUUUUCAUCAUACAGUACAGCUUGGCGAAUGAUGGCACCAUUGCAGGCUUGCAGGAUGUUGUAGUCCUGGACGGUCAUGGUCCUGAUCCGAAUGGUUCCCCACAGUCUGGCGGUCAUGCACAGGCCAGUGCCCACGCACAUUCUGCUUCCGUCGACCCGUCUGACAGCUUCUUGGCUGUAGCAGAUAAGGGUGCCGAUCGUAUCUAUAUCUACCACGUGGACGGCGAAACGCUUGAGCCGGCUUAUGUCUUUAACGCGACGGCCGGGACGGGUCCUCGCCAUGUUGCCUGGUCCCAAAAGAGUGAUCCUACCUGGUUCUUCGUAACCUACGAGCUCUCUUCCGAAGUAGCAUCUUUCCAGAUCGACCCAGAGACUGGUUCGGUGACGUUGCUCGACGUAGUAUCUAGCGUUGGCACCAACUUCAGCAGGUAUAAUGAGCCGGCCGAUAUUCAAGUCCACCCAACCAAUGAGCGACUGGUGUACGUCAAUAACCGCGGAGAGGACACAAUCGCCUGGUUCAACGUCGACGACGCAGGGAAGCUAUCGCUUCUUGGUAGCGUUAUGCUCACCCAAUCGCUCAAUGCUGGUGUUGCCGCUCGGAGCUUCAGAUUCUCACCCGCAGGUGAUUUCUUACUGGUGGCAGACCGACCAGAGAAUGCUAUCCGUGCCUAUUCGGUGGACCAAGGCAACGGUAAUCUGGAGCAAGUUGCCACUUGGGCGGUCUCCGAGCCAGCAUUUGUGUGCAUCGUGGAGUUUUGA